AACGAAUAUCUGCCAAAUCUUCUUCAAGUCUGAAAAGUAUUUUUUUUUUAAAUAUACGUUAGCUCUUUGAAUGUCUAUUUCUGAAACAUCAAUUGUUGUGACUUUUUAAUAUAGACUGUAUGAACAAAAUUGACCUUCAGCACGAUGAUGAAGUUGAUGUUGAUGAAGUUGAUGUUGGUGAUGUUGAUGAAGUCGAUGUUGAUGAAACUGAUUCGAAAGAAGAUGAUCGUGAAGAAGAUAAUGGAAUUUACGAUGAUAAUAUUCAACCGAAUGAAGAUAUAUAUUCGCUGUUAUUUGAAGACAACUCUUAUCAAUCUGAUUUUAAUAUGAAUUUAUCCUCUGAUUAUGAAAACGUUCAUCAACAUCAUUUUGUCUCUCAACUGAUCGAUUUUAUUCACACAGCAAAAUUAAAUAAAACAACAACAACAUCACUUUUGUCGUUAUUGAGAACGACAAAAUCAUUUACAACAGAUAUUCCAAAAACUAGUAAUUCUCUAUGGGAACAGCUUGGUGUUAAAUUUAUAUUCAAAACAUAUUAUUUUUGUUCAUUUUGCUUCAAGCAAUUAGAUAAGUAUCAUGACAUAUGCACGAUGUGCAAUUCAAAACAAAAAGCAAAUGCUGAAUUUUGUGUAUUCUCACUCAAUGAAGAAAUAGAAAGAGUUGUUAAAUCAACCAUAGAUAUAAUUAAGUGGUACAGUGUGCCCGAGAAUCAAUUUGCAGCUGAUGUCAUCAGAGGUGAAUGGUAUCAACGAAUUAAUACAACUGAACCUCGUUUAAGUUUAAUGAUUUGUACCGAUGGCAAACCAAUCAUAAAAUCAAAAAGAACACGAACAAGCAUUUGGCCUGUAAUCUCGUUUUUGGCAGAAAUACCUCCACCAUUACGUGAAGAUCUCAAUAACAUACUAUUACUUGGUUUAUGGCAUGGACCAGUGGCACCACCAAGUUCUUUAUUGUUGAACAAGGUCGUGGAUAAUAUAAAACUGUUAGCUGCCACCGAAAUAAUUCAUUUUAUGGUCAACGUUCAAUUAUCUACCGGCGACUUUCCAGCACGGGCCAAGUGCAAUCAAUUGAUAAACCACAACGGUUUUUAUGCAUGCUCAAGGUGUCUAUUUGAAGGAUCACGUUGUCCACAACCAUGUACUAAUCAUACAUUAUACAAAUGGAUCGAUUUCAUUCAAAGACCACCGAAACAAAGAACUCAGCAACACAUUAAUACAUGUGCACAGCAGAUUAGUGCUGUUAAUAAGAAUGUUUUUGGUGUUGCUGGAAUAUCACCAUUAUCUUCUGUUUUAUCAAUACCUGAUCAAUCAACGUUUGAUUACCUUCAUUUGGUACUCGAAAUUCAUUUUCGGUAUUUACUAUCAGAAUGGCAUAAUGUGUUGAAACAAAAUCCAACAGCCUUGAAUUUUAUUAAUGAAUGUCUUGAUGAUAUUAAAUAUCCACAUACGUUUAAUCGACGACCAGUUGAUUUUUCCAAUUAUAUUAAAUGGAAGGCAUCUGAAUUAAGAACUUUUAUGAUAUAUACAGCUUUACCAGUACUCUAUACUGGUUCCAUGACACCUGGUAGAAUACGAAAAAUUUCACCUGGUAUAUCAAAUACUCAACGUACAUUUGAUGAUGAUAUGGACGAUUGUGAAAUAGAUGAAAAUGAAUUGGAUGGAAGUACUUAUUAUACUCCUCAAUUAAAACGGAAACGUAUUCAAGACCAAGUGACAUCUCCUUCUCAUGAUCCUUUUACAGAAAAUCCAACACCUAGUGAACCACCUCGUGAACUUCCUGUUAUUGUAAGUUCUUCUUUAUUUAUAUUUAGUCCGACACCGGCUCAUUUAAUGAAAAGUCUGAUUAAUGACUUAUUUACAAAAGAAGAAAUAAUGGCUCGAGAGCACGAAAAUGUCAAUGAACGAACAGAAAAAAUUAAAAGUGAGUACUACGUAUUGCUUCGUCGUUUUCAUUGUAUCUGUUUAACUGUUUUAGGAGCUGUCAAAGUAUAUUUUUUCCAAAAUGAUGAUAUUCAAGUUGCUGGUUUUUGGGAUUUUGAAGGUAAAAUCAUUCGUGAAAAUCAGCGAAGAGGAGUUAUAUUUCGAAACAAAUGA